GUCCUUUCACUCUCCUGACCCCUCCUGCAGCUUGCGGCCUUUGAAGCUGUCUCCCAACAGGCCUUGGAGCUUCUUUUCCUUUGGGUUAAGCUGCAAAUGUCUUUAGUACAACAUGUCACGACUUUCGAGGGUACAGAUAGAGAGGAGGCGUUGGUGGACGUAUUCCUCCCGCCGCUCGAACGCCAAAUUUCUCUUGAACAGGCGUCAGAGCGCCGCCUGUCUCUUGAGAGUUCCGAAUUUCCUGGACAAGUCAAAACAAUUCGACGGAUAAUCAGCUAUGACGCACUGAAAGCACCAGAGGAAAUGCAAGAGGACUACGGUGGAGUCACUCCUUACCACAUCUCUAUGGCUCGGCGUAUCUUGCAGGUCACCGCGACAGUAUUAGCAUGUUGGUUUGCAAGCGGCAUUGUUUUUGGAUUCGCGGCGCUGAAGCCAAUUCUCAUCCAAGAGGGUGUCUUCAGAGAGCUCUGCAAACCAGAGGAAAUUGAUAUGAAUGUCGAAGUGUGUCUCGAACAGGACUUGCGCCUGAACUUCUUCUUCAGCUUGGCUUCCACAACCGCGAAUGUCUCCGCGCUGCCAAUUGGGACUAUGCUUGAUCGCUAUGGACCUAGGCUCUGUUAUUAUUUUGGUUCUCUAUGUCUUGCUGCUGGGAGCAUUCUUAUGAGCCUUGCUUUUCAGAUCGACGAGUUUGACGGUUAUACUAUUGCGAACUUCUUCCUUGCGCUUGGAGGGACAUCGAUUUUCCUACCAUCAUUCCAGAUCGCGAACGCCUUUCCAAAGUACUCUGGCACUAUUGUCGCUCUCGUUACUGGCGCUUUCGAUGCCUCAGCUGCUGUGUUUCUGUUCUAUAGGCUCGCUUAUGAUGCCAGUAUGGGUAGAUUCACGCCCCAAGUCUUCUUCCUUGUCUAUCUCAUUGUCCCCAUUGCCAUCACCAUUGCCCAAAUGACUUUCCUACCAAGCGAGAGCUAUAAAACACCCCCACAACUAGAUAUGAAGAUUGCACGAGCUGAAGAUCCAACGCGCGAUGUUCAUUCCUCGGACGAUGAGCUACCAGACGAUGAGAUGUGGCAACGUAGGAAGACUCGAAGCGUACGUCGAAGGAGGAGGCUAAACAAGCUCGAUAAGCUGGUUGGAGAUCCCGAGUUUCGAAAACAUCAAGAAGAAAAGUUAGAGCAUAGGCAAGAAGCAUCUAAAGUUUGGGGUGCUUUGCACAACAAGCCUGCGAAAGAACAGAUGCUGAGUCCAUGGUUUAUCCUCAUCACUCUCCUCACAGUUCUGCAGAUGGUUCGAAUGAACUACUUCAUCGCCACCAUCCGCGAGCAGUAUGACUACAUGCUCAGCUCAAGCGUUCUCGCGACCCAGAUCAACUCAUUCUUUGACUGGGCGCUCCCCCUCGGCGGCGUGAUCUCCACACCUUUCCUCGGCUUAUUGCUUGACAACGUUAGCACUCCCGGAGUCCUUUUUAUCCUCGUAGCAAUCAUUACCGUCAUAGGUGUCAUCGGCUCCAUCUCAGCAAUGUGGGCCGGCUACAUCAACGUCAUCCUCUUCGUCCUUCUCCGCCCUCUAUACUACUCUGCCAUGUCCGACUACGCCGCCAAAGUCUUCGGCUUCGCAACUUUCGGUCGCGUCUAUGGAACCAUCAUCUGCUUUUCUGGUCUCGUCAACCUCUCACAAACCGCUAUUGACGCGCUUACCAAAGCCACAUUCCAUGGAAACCCAAUUCCUGUCAACGCAUUCCUCGCCAGUGCCGGGUUUGUCAUUGGAGCUGCGCUGGUGGCGUUCGUAGGCAUUCAGUCGCACCGCAUGCAUAAAAGGCUGGAAGAUGAGGAUGCGAUGACACUUACUAAUACAGAGGUGGACAGUAUGUUGGAUAAUCUGCUUGAGGAGAAUGAACCGAGGUCUGAUGGUAGUAUUGCUAACAGUUUUUGAUCGCAGACUCGAAAGAAACGCGGUGUCACGAUCUUUGGGCGACGGCAAUCAUGUGUAUGGGAUGGCAUUCCAUGAUGUCUUCCGCGUUUCGAGAUACUACCUGCAGAAUUUCCCAUGCUUUCUAUGUUCCCGACGUGUAGCAUGGGAUGGCAUUGUUGCAAGGAAGCAAACUAAGAUUUGCAUGCGAACAUGAAUUUCUGUGGUUUCUGUCCUCGUUCUUUCGUCGAUUUCCAGUGUCAAGCGUUUCCGUAAAUUUGGUACGUACUGUACAAGCGUGGAUUCGAGGGUCUUUGUUCGAAAAAGUUGGUGCGUUGAAUUCGGAAUCUUUUUGAGGAAUCUCUUUCUUUCCCAAUUUCAACCAUUUCUGAGGAAUUGGAUAUGUGCACAGAUGAUUUUCAGGGUCUCUUGUCAAUGCAGUCUGGUCCUUUUGGUACCGUAAAGUUGAAGCGUUAUGUUCGG